CGAUUGGCUGUCAGAACUCUCGGGUUGUCUCGCGCUCUCUGGCUGGACCAAUGGGGAUAUCCGCAGUCGAGAGGACGGCAUCGCUGGAGUGGUGGCUCAGCUGUUUCCUCUGGAUAUACAUCAAAUAUUGAGAAGAAAGAACAUCCAGAGCUAAAUGUUCUGUUUAAACCAGUAGUUGCUGCUCAGAAAAUAAAUAAAGAUGCAGACCCAAAGUCAGUGGUUUAUACGUUCUUCAUGCGAGAGCAUUGUAUUAAAGGAGAGAGUAAGCUGUGUUGAUCAGUGACUUUGGUGAAGGCUGAGAAAGUUGAAGAAAAUUUGCAGAUGAUACACAACUUCUAAGCAUUUCACAUUGGAAGAAGAGAUUUCUAUAGAUGAAAAAAUGCCUUUGUUUAGUAAAUCGCACAAAAAUCCAGCAGAAAUCGUGAAAAUUCUGAAAGACAACAUGGCCAUUUUGGAAAAGCAAGACAAAAAGACAGAUAAGGCUUCAGAAGAAGUGUCGAAAUCACUGCAAGCAAUGAAGGAAAUUCUGUGUGGAACAAGUGACAAGGAACCCCCAACAGAAGCUGUGGCUCAGCUAGCACAAGAACUCUACAAUAGUGGGCUGCUGGUGACACUGAUAGCCGACCUACAGCUGAUAGACUUUGAGGGAAAAAAAGACGUGACCCAGAUAUUUAACAACAUCCUGAGACGACAGAUAGGCACUCGGAGUCCUACUGUGGAGUACAUUAGUGCUCAUCCUCAUAUCCUGUUUAUGCUCCUCAAAGGAUAUGAAACCCCACAGAUCGCCUUACGUUGUGGGAUUAUGCUGAGAGAAUGUAUUCGACAUGAACCGCUUGCCAAAAUCAUCCUCUUUUCUAAUCAAUUCAGAGAUUUCUUUAAGUAUGUGGAGUUGUCAACAUUUGAUAUUGCUUCAGACGCCUAUGCUACUUUUAAGGAUUUACUGACCAGACAUAAAGUGUUGGUAGCAGACUUCUUAGAACAAAAUUAUGACACUAUUUUUGAAGACUAUGAGAAAUUGCUUCAGUCUGAGAAUUAUGUGACUAAGAGACAAUCUUUAAAGCUGCUAGGCGAACUGAUCCUGGACCGGCACAACUUUGCCAUCAUGACAAAGUACAUCAGCAAGCCAGAGAACCUCAAACUGAUGAUGAACCUCCUCCGGGAUACAAGUCCCAACAUCCAGUUUGAAGCCUUUCACGUCUUUAAGGUGUUUGUGGCCAGUCCUCACAAAACACAGCCUAUUGUGGAGAUUCUACUAAAAAACCAACCCAAACUCAUCGAGUUUCUGAGCAGCUUCCAAAAAGAAAGGACGGACGAUGAGCAGUUCACCGAUGAGAAGAACUACUUGAUUAAACAGAUUCGAGACUUGAAGAAAACGGCGCCUUGAAGUCUCACCCAGUUUCCUGCCACCGUCACUGUCUCAUUUGUUCAGUUUGUACAAAAAGUGUCAUUUCAAAAAGUAGUCAUUCUUGGGAAGGCUUUGGAGGUGGCUAUUUUUUUCUCAAUUCAUUGUUCAGGGUAGAUGGAAUAUAAAUGUCUGAAAGAAAAAAUUUAAUUUAGAAUAAUAUAUUCAUCUUAAUCGAGUCUGUGAUUAUUUAUGUGAAAUCAGAGCCAUUGUUUUAGACAUUGAUAAAAGCAAUUUUAACCCUUUCUUGAUGAAGGGCAACAAGGCUGUGGGCUUGCAGACCUGAGCCCUCGGUCACCACGAGCCACCAAGUAGUAGGAGCCCAAAGAAUGGGCGUCACUGAGUCCUCGAAGAGGAUUAAAUUCUCAGCAUGGGGCACUGGGAAUGGGGGCAAGACGCACGAAACUGUUUUGCCUAUCUGUACUUGGACAAACAAAUUUCUCAAGGCACCAAGAAAAUAAGAUCCAUGUUUUCAGUCAUUACGUAUUCUGUUCCCUGCCCAUAUCUUUUAACUGUAAUCAUUCAUUCCUAACUUCCUAGGGAAUUGAUGCCCACCUUUCUGCUUACUGCCCCACGUUCCACCCCAAUGGAUCUCCUCAGCAUAACCAACUCAUGGUACACGCACACACACACACUCCCCCACUCUGACCAGGUUAGCAUGGGACCAACUAAGUCCAAACAGGAUGGACUAACAAGGGUCACGGGCGUAGAGGACCCACAGGGUAGGACCUGCUCACUUGAGAACUUGGAAUAGAUGGGUAAGAACCACAGCCCUAGUGACAGUCACUGCUGUUUCCCACAGACUUCUGUCGGGUUAGUGAAUGUUUGGAAUAUUUCAUUCAUGCUUCUCAUUAUGGGAAAAAAGUUUUGUGGUGAAAGUGUGUUUUAGAGUAGGAAUCAUUGCAUUGAGAUGCCUAGCAUGUGCAAAACCAUGGGUCCAGAGGGUUGCACAGGCCUUUAUAAAUAAGGGAACGUUGCCAUUGGAAGUGCAAAUGAUUAAAUGCAUGAAAAAAAUCCUCAAAGGACUAAAAAUUUUUUUCACUUUAUUUUCUAAUAAGCUGUCGUUCUAAUUUCACAUCAAAUUCCUCAGUGAAAAGGUAGAAAACUUAUAAAAAUGUUGGUCUCAAAUACUCUCUUGCAUACUAGGAUGGUUAAGGAAUUAAUUUGUGUUUUUUAAAA